AGACCGAGGAAAGUCAGGACACCACCAUUAACACAAUCGCCACCGCAGCAGAACAUGCUGGUACGUCAUCAGAGUCGAUGGAGUUAGAUGCCUCACUGCCACACGCCGUAGAGCUGCUGCUCUCUCCGAUGGAGGAGCCCUUUCGGCGGUACCUCGACGUGUGCGAUGACGUGCACGCGUGCGACGAGUCCGGCAACACGCUGCUGCAUUGGGCUUCUGCAUUCGGUAACUUCUCUGCUGCCUACGCGUUACUCCAGCGGGGGCUGGAGGUGGACGCUGGGAAUGGCCGUGGCGCCACGCCUCUUCUCGUUUCCGCUGCGUUGUGUCCAAACGUGGCCGCGAUGGGCUACCUCCUCGUCAGCCAUGGCGCGUCUCUUUACGCCAGCGCUGGCGACAACCGUGGUCUGACGGUGCAGUCCUUGUUAGAGGCACGACAGCUGGAGUCUGUGUGGUCGUGGCUCGUACUUUGUCAGAGUAGACUUUAUCAGAACGGCAACGGCGAUCUGGUGAAAACUCAAGGAUGUCGAGAAAUACCUGCAGUAAGUGACGACGCGGUGUCCAUUCUGUGCUCGCCGGCAGAGCUGAAACAGCUGCGGCUGCGUGGUGGUGCAGGGCGCUUCUUGCACGUUGCCGCCGUUUCCGUGCCCCACGCACCACAGAGGCGGCAGCAGCAAUCACGGCCGCUCCCCACCGCAGCGGCGCCAGAUUUGACCGCAGCCUCACCGAGCGGCAUGGACACGUCCAUCACCGCAACGCUGAAGCCGCGAGUGGAACUGCUCGAGUCGCAGGAGGCAACAAACCGCUUGCUGGUGGAAAAGGAGCAGCUCGAAGCGUUUCUUUACGUGUACGCGGAGGCGGCAGCGGCCUCGAUCAUCUACGACGAUUACGUCGACGAUGACGACGACGAGGAACGGGCUGGGUGGAGCGGACCAGAAGAACAGUCUUCGGAGGAACUGGGGGUUUCUGAGACUGCCGUUGCUGCGAGUGCUCAGAAACUGAGUGGGUGUGAUGGAGGUGCUGCUGCGGUGCGUCCCAUUCAGGCGGUGCUUGGCGAACGCAUCGACGCAGACGGGCGACACCACCUGCUGGUGCGCUACACCGAACCGAACGGAGCGGAUGGUGAACUGGAGACGUGGCGUUGUGCGGAGUCGAUUGCGGCCGACCCCGUCGUGCGCGCUCACCUCGAGCAUACAUACUCGACCAUCACCGUACCCGACAGGAGCGACAUGAAGACGCCCUCCACCAUGACGCUGCGCAUGCCGGGGAGUCCGCUGGAGACGUGGGAGCGAGAUCAGCUGGAGGCGCAGCUCCGACUGCUGCCACGGCGUGUGCUGGACAACAGUGACGAGAGUGUGCCGCUGCUCUCCCAGCUGAUGAGAAGUCCAACUGGUCGGUCUCCUCUCCUCGGCACGUCACCGCUCAUCGCGGGUUUUAUGUGGAACGCCCAGCAGCAGCAGGAGCAGCAAGUACUCAUAGGAGGCAGGGGCAACACCAAUGAUGUCGUUGGCGUUGCACCGCGUCUUGGAAGUUUUAACGGCAGCGGCGUGGAGCAGAGCGAAAGCCCGCUUUUGGAGGAACCGCCGCGUCCUACAGGUCGAUUUGCGCCGGAGUCUCAUCGACGACUCGGUGCGCUACCGGAGAAGGAAGCCGCUCACGACGCGGACUCCGCACCGGCAGAUCAGCAGCCGCUUUUGAGUGACGGCUGGCGACGGCUGCGACGCACGCCAGACGUGCCGGUCGACAAUGACAGCGAAGUGUUGCCAAAGCGAACGCUGGAAACUGUCUCCGAGAAGCGCACUCCCUACACGUCGGAUAGUUCGACGGACACCAUGUAUUUAGUCUCCCCUCCGCUAUCCACCGCCCCCACGAAGGCGGCGACAACGUUCAACGACAGCACGGCUGACUCACCCCCCGGAAAGGCCGCCGCCAGCUACCUGACGGCAAGUCAGAAAUCAGAAUACGACCGUUUUUUGUACAACACUGCUUUGCGAAUUAUUGCACGACAGCAACCAUCAAAGCGCCGAAGUGUGUUUAAGCGCUAG